AUGAUCCGUUUCUUCAUCGGCUGUGCUGGCGCGACGUUUGUCACCAACCAGUUUUGGUGCUCCUUGAUGUUUGCCCCGAAUGUCAUCGGAACUGCAAACGCCACAGCCGCUGGAUGGGGCAACCUUGGUGGUGGUGUCACGCAGAUUUUUAUGAUGAGUGUCCUCUUCAACCCGAUGGUUGAGUCUGGCAUGGCCCCGGAUACGGCUUGGCGAGUGGCCAUGAUCGUGCCCUCAGUGAUGUUCCUCCUCUGUGCACUAAGCAUGAAGCUUCUUUGCUGGGACACCCCCACAGCCAAGCGUUUCGACGUGUCCGUCACGGGCAAGACCCAAAAGCCUUCCUUGAUGGAUUAUUGUGACGUGCUCAAGGACAUUCGUGUGGUUGUUAUGAUUUUCCAAUAUUCAGCAUGCUUUGGAGCUGAACUCGCGAUGAACAAUCAGUUAGCGACGCACUUUCGCACGUACUUCCAGAUGGCGGCAGCAGAUGCUUCUGCAUUGGCGGGCUCUUUCGGCUUGAUGAACCUUUUCGCCCGUAGUUUGGGAGGCAUCACCUCCGACCUGCUCUUUAAGAAGUUCGGCUUCCGCGGCCGCAUUUGGGCGCAGUUCUUGGCUCUCUUUUUUGAGGCCAUCUUCCUAUUCUGCUUCGGACUUGUGGAUAACAGCCAGCCGUGGUAUGUUGCGCUCGCAGUUCUGUUGUGCUUCAGUUUGUUCGUGCAGAUGGCAGAGGGUACAUCUUAUGGCAUUGUGCCAUUUAUGAACAAGCAACAAUUGGCCAUUGUGUCUGCGCUAGUGGGUGCGGGUGGAAACCUGGGUGCCGUCAUUGCUGGGUUUGGCUUCUACCGCCCUAUCGAAGAUGCGUUGCUGCCCUUCCAGGUGCAUGCCGGCUACGUGAUGUUUUGGGCACUUGCGAGCCCAUGCUACUACUGGGCGGA